GAAACGAAACUAAAUACGCAUUCGGCGCCAAGGUCGCUAGGAGGCCCCUCCCUGGUGACUUCCGGGGAGGUUGUGUAACCCUCCGCUCAGGGCCACCCAGGGGCCAAAGGAAGCAGAGCCACCGCCUUCCCGGGAUUCCCUUUUCUGGUCUGCGCGGCAGUCACGGAGCAGCGGCAGCCACAGAUUCACAAAUGAAUACUCCUCACCCAGGAACAAAUUUCCCAGCUGGGUAUCAUCCUCAAUAUCCUCCAGCAGCAUUCCAAGGACCUCCAGGACAUACUGGCUACCCGGAUUUGCAAGCUGCCUAUCCUGGGAUGCUGACAAGCUAUCCUGUACCUCAGGCUGACAAUUCAGUCCCACCACCUAGCUAUUCAGGUGCUGGUCCAGUGGGCUCUCCUGUCCAACACCAGCCAGUUUAUAAUCAGCCAGGUGGACAAGCAGGAGUACCAUGGAUGCCAGCACCACCACCUCCAUCACACUGUCCACCAGGGUUGGAAUAUUUAAGUCAGAUAGAUCAAAUACUGAUUCAUCAGCAAGUUGAGCUUCUAGAAGUCUUAAUAGGUUUUGAAACAAAUAACAAAUACGAAAUUAAGAACAUCCUUGGACAGAGGAUUUACUUUGCCGUGGAAGAUACUGAUUGCUGUACCCGAAAUUGCUGUGGGGCUAACAGACCUUUUACCAUGAGGAUUCUUGAUCUUAUGGGUCGAGAGGUCAUAACUCUGCAGCGACCACUAAGAUGUACCAGCUGUUGUUGCCCCUGCUGCCUUCAGGAGAUAGAAAUUUAUGCUCCUCCUGGUGUACCAGUGGGUUAUGUUACUCAGAAUUGGCAUCCAUGCCUGCCAAAGUUAACCAUUCAAAAUGAGAAGAGAGAGGAUGUACUCAAAAUUAUUGGUCCAUGUCUUGUGUGUGGCUGUUGUGCAGAUGUUGAUUUUGAGAUUAAAUCUCUUGAUGAAGAAAAUGUGAUUGGCAAGAUUUCCAAGCAAUGGACUGGUUUUGUGAGAGAGGCAUUUACAGAUGCUGAUAACUUUGGGAUCCAGUUCCCUUUAGACCUUGAUGUGAAAAUGAAAGCUGUGAUGCUUGGUGCAUGUUUCCUCAUUGACUUCAUGUUUUUUGAAAGCACUGGAAACCAAGAACAGAGAGCAGGAGUAUGGUAGUGGAUUAAUAAAGAUCUCCAAAAAUGUGAAGUUUGUCUAUUGAUUGGGACUAUGUAUAAGUAAAAAAUUAUUUUUUUAUUGAAAUUACUUAUAAAAUAUGUGAAUUAUACUGUGAUACCU